GUGGCUUCUCGCAAAGAUUUUCAUCGCUGUUUGCAUUCGCCAGGCGUAACCUUCGUCCAUUUCACUUUCCUCCUGGAUUCCCCUCUCGCAAGUCGACGCUCUUGCCUCUCCCAUCUGCUCGGCAAGUGGGCAAGAGGCAUACAUCGCGAGACACAGCGCUUCUGAGCGCUACUCACUCGUCUCUUGGCUACAUCUCUUUCCGCGUACGCGCGUCACUCGCGACCUGACUUACACCUAUCGCAUUGCCUCUUCUCCUCAUUCUCUGUAUUCAAACCUACUGCAGAGGCUUGGGUGCAGAGGCUUUGACUCACUCUUGCAAGCAUGGCCACGAUUGCGUCUGAAGAGCGAAAGAGGCCAAUCGAUGACACAACUGCCGCCACCGCCAGCGCGUCAGUGAAACGACCCCACCUCGACCGGUCCGCUUCGUCUUCGUCUUCUUCUCCCGCCUCUCCUUUUCCGUCUUCAACGAAUGGCAACUACGGAGCUGUGAAGGCUGAGGCCGCCGAAGAUGAGACCAACCCGGCGUACAAGGGCCUGGAGGCGUUCCGCAAGGAAGCCAUCUUCAGGCAGAUGCGAGAGGCAAAGAGAGACUUGGGAAGAUCAGAGAGCAAGAUUCGAAGAUUAGAGGAGCUCAUCGCUUCCUUUGAGGAGAAAGCGGAAAGUUUCAAUCGUUUCUGGGACACUCUCGUUGAAGAUGUCCGACUACUCUCUCGUAAUGAUGGUGCCCUGGGGGACGAGACGUCAGGUGAGUCGGGCAAGUCGUUGCUGUGGCCGCAACCUCAUAUUCAUGCUAGUCCUGCCCCCUCAGCCCUCAUGCAGGCGAUACCAUACACGGCCAAUGUUCCUGCUCCAUCUGCAUUUGGCCUGUCUCUCCAACAACGAAGUGCUUCUAUCAAGGCCGUCCUGACUCGCGUCGUGAGCCUAGGGCCGUCGUCCUCACCCGAGGUGGCCGAGCUGCAAGGUCGAUGCCACACCCUGGCGCAGGAGUCUGCAGUCUUGCGAUCGCAAUUGACAACAGCAGUGUCAGCGAGAGAUCGCAUCGCCCAUGAAGUCGAGGAAGUCACGCAAGAACUCAGAAGAGCGGAGAAGCGCUUGGACAGACUGCGUAGCGAGACAGUAAAGGCGACAGAGAAGCCUAGCGCCAAGGCCGAAGAAGAAGCAGAACAAGCGAAGGUCGAGGCUGCUGAGGCUGAGAAGAGGGCUGCUCUUCAGAGGAAGCACCGCGCCGAAGGCGAAAUUGGCGAAGCCGGUGAGAUGCCUGUGGCAGCCAACGGGACGCUCGUUGGAGGUCCUUCGAGCGACGAGAUGGAAGAUCUCCAGCGACUAGCAGAGAUGCGGGCAAAUGAGAAUGAGGAGCUGAGAAAGGAGGUCGUAGCGUUGAGGCAGGAAAGCGAAAGGCUCAUGAACGAUCUGCAACGUGUACCCGAUCAACGAAUUCUCGAAUCGCACCUCUACACUGAGGUCCACCAGCUUUUUACACACGCAAAGGAUGAGCACAUGCGGAUCAGGCAGCUCAACGAGAGGAUCGAAGCCGAGAAUGUCGAUCUUAGAGAAAGAAGACUCACGCUAGAGGAGGCGCUCAAGUCGGAGGCGAAUGCUCAAGUUGAGCAGCUCCAGGGUCAAAUUAAGGCGCAUGAAGCCGACGUGACAAGGCUCCGAGAUCAGCGUGAUAGCUUGCAGGCCGAGGUCAACGAGAAGAGGAAGCGGGAAGAGGUACGCUUCACCCAGGUCGACGAGAUGCGGGCUCUGGUCGGCGCAAAGGAUACACGGAUAGCCACGUUGAAGAGCGAGGUCAGACGACUGCAGAUGACAUUAGCUGCCAAGAACGGUGACUCCACGAUGCUCGAUAGGCUCAAGGCAGCGUCCCACGAUGGAGUCGUUCAACGAGAAGAGGAGGACAUUGAGAUGAUUGCAGAUCUGCAAGCGAGGCUCAAGACGGCUGAGGACGCCUCAGAGGAUCUCAAGAGACAGCUCGACGCUCGGUCGUCGUCCACCUCGGAUGCCGACCUGGGAGCAAAGGUCUCAUCCUUGCAAGCCGAGCUCGACCGUAUGCAGAGCAUCGUCGGCAGCGCCUCGUCCGGUGAGGACGUAAGUACGCUUCUCAAGACUCAGCAGGGCCGGAUUGAGUCGAUGCAGCAGGAGCUUGACGCGGCGCAUGCUGGCACGAAUGCCUUGUGCGACGAAGUCGACAAGCUCGGCGCGGCGUACUCGGAGAUGCAGCGGCAGGCAAACAACAAGGUGUUGGAUAUUGCCCGGAUGGAGGACAAAAUGCUCCGCCUGACGACGGAGAAGUCCAAGGCAGACAACAAGUACUUUGGUGCGAUGAGGGCCAAGGACGCUGUCGAAAACGAGCGCAGAGUCGCGCUGAGGAACGUCGAGACGCAGCUCAAGGUGAUCGAGCGUUAUGCCGAGCACGAGGCCAGCUUCGUGCAGAGUGUGGCAAGGCACGAGGCGGAAGUGACUGGCAUGAGGAAGUUACUGGAACAGCAGGCUACGAGGAUUGCAGAGCUCGAGAGAGACCUGGAAGCGAGUAUGAGAAGGGAAAGGACAGCAGGAUCCGAGAAGGCCAAUGCGGAGCAAGUCAGCAUGAAACGAAACGAAGAAUGGACAGACGAGAGCCGGAGGAGGGCCGAGGCUGAGGAACGCGUGGCCAAGCUCGAGCGGGAGCUCGAGAGGGCCAAGAAGCAGAUUGCCGCCAGUGGAUCGAAGAAGAAGUCUGGAGGAGGCAGCAGUGGCGACGAUAUACAGAUCGAGUAUCUCAACUCGCUCCUACGGUGCUCGGCUUGCAAGGAACGCUAUCGGGACCGUAUCAUCACAAGGUGCUUGCACACCUUUUGCCAAGCGUGCGUCGACGCGCGGAUCCAGACAAGGCAGCGCAAAUGUCCCCAUUGCGGUCUUGGUUUCUCGACAAGCGACGUCCAGACGCUCUUCUUGCAGUGAUGAAAUCGCGCUCGCAUAUCCCUUAUCCCCUUAUCUGCUUUGGCUUCUCGCAUUAUCGAUACUUGAUACCACAUCUUCGCAUUGUGCACGCACUGAAGCUUGCUUUUCGAAGUGGCAAUUCACACCAAGAAUAUGGAAAACAUGGAAAGCAGUCAAUUU